GGACGACGACGCCAGAUGGCUGGGCCACUCAGAGUUUUAUGUCCAUUGGUUGCAUCAGCACGUCGUCUGCUGGAGUAAUUAUUAAGCCAGUUGUUUACAUAAUCAGCAUAUGUGGAUAUAAGAAGUAGCAAUCUUAGCACACUUGCACAACUUUGUGGUGGACCAGCCAGCCGACCGACCACACCCGUUCAAAAGUGUUCAACAGUUCAAGGCAACGACUUCCACAACACUGUGUACCUGUACAACAACGACACCGAUUGAGCCAUGGAGCGGAAGGGAACUGCAAAGCUGAGCGAACUGUUAGAAAUAGAAAGAUGUAUGCAGGAAAAAUGGGAACGAGAGAAGACAUUUGAAGAAGAUGCUCCUGCACCAAAUUCAAAAGAGGCGAAACAGGAGAAGUACAUGGUGACAUUUCCCUACCCCUACAUGAAUGGCCGCCUUCACUUGGGACACACUUUUACACUGGCCAAAGCAGAGUUCGCUGCAGGUUUUCAACGUCUAAGGGGUAAAAGAUGCUUGUAUCCGUUUGGCCUCCACUGUACAGGCAUGCCCAUCAAAGCAUGUGCUGACAAAUUGAAACGAGAAAUGGAGGAUUAUGGGUAUCCUCCUGUAUUCCCUGCUGAGGAGGAUCAGACAGAAGAGAGUAAAGAUGACAAAGAACCUGUCAUCAAAGACAAGUCAAAAGGAAAGAAGACAAAACUGAAGGCCAAGACAGGUGGUCUGAAGUACCAGUGGCAGAUCAUGGCGUCUCUUGGCUUGGGUGAUGAAGAGAUAAAAAAGUUCGCAAACCAUGAAUACUGGCUCCAGUACUUUCCCCCUCAUUGUAAAGCAGAUUUACAGAAGAUGGGACUGAAGGUGGAUUGGAGACGAACAUUUAUCACCACUGACUACAACCCGUACUACGACAGCUUUGUCAGAUGGCAGUACCUGCGCCUUAAAGAAAGGGGUAAAGUCAAGUUUGGCAAAAGAUACACAAUAUUUUCUCCAAAAGAUGACCAGCCAUGUAUGGACCACGACAGAAGUGCAGGCGAAAAUGUAGGCCCACAGGAGUACACUCUGAUCAAGAUGAAGGUUGUCAAGCCCUACCCCAAGGCCCUGAGCCCUGUGGAGGGUAAGGAUGUCUACCUUGUGGCUGCUACCCUCCGCCCCGAGACCAUGUACGGACAGACCAACUGCUGGGUGCACCCCACCAUGAAAUACAUCGCUUAUGAGCUGGUGGGUGGGGAGGUGUUCAUCAGCACCAGGAGAGCUGCGCGUAACAUGAGUUACCAGGGUUUCACCAAGGAGAAUGGCAAAAUUGAUAUCCUACUGGAUCUUGUUGGACAGGACAUCCUUGGAGUGGCCCUGUCUGCCCCUCUGACCUCGUACAAGGUCAUCUACACCUUACCCAUGUUGACCAUUAAGGAGGACAAAGGCACGGGCGUGGUCACUAGUGUGCCCUCAGAUGCCCCAGAUGAUUUUGCUGCCCUUAGGGACCUGAAAAAGAAACAGCCUUUCAGAGAAAAGUAUGGCAUCAAAGAUGAUAUGGUGCUUCCUUUUGACCCUAUCCCUAUCAUCGAGGUACCAGAAUUUGGGAACCUGUCUGCUGUGACGGCCUGUGAACAGCUCAAGGUUCAGAGUCAGAAUGACAAGGACAAGUUACAAGAGGCCAAAGAGAGGGUCUACCUCAAGGGAUUCUAUGAGGGGGUCAUGCUCGUGCCAGGUUACAAGGGUCAGAAAGUUCAAGAUGUGAAAAAAGUUAUACAGAAAAAAAUGGUGGAUCAGAAAGAAGCAGUCAUUUACAUGGAGCCAGAAAAACAGGUGGUGUCACGAUCUGGGGAUGAAUGCGUGGUAGCUCUCUGUGAUCAGUGGUACCUGUAUUAUGGAGAAGAAACCUGGAAAAAGCAGGCUCUGAAGUGUCUGUCUCAGUUGGAGACUUUCUCAGAUGAAGUCCGCAGAAACUUGGAAGCCACCUUGGACUGGCUUCAUGAACAUGCAAUGUCCAGAACAUACGGUCUAGGUACAAAGAUCCCCUGGGACCCCCAGUACCUGAUAGAGUCCCUGUCAGACUCCACCAUCUACAUGGCCUACUACACUGUGGCCCACAUGUUACAGGGUGGGGUGUUUGACGGCAGUGGUAAGAGCCCGGCUAAUAUCAGGCCUGAACAGAUGACCCCUGAAGUCUGGGACUACAUUGUGUACAAAAACAAACCACUCCCCAAAACAGAUAUCCCCAAGGAUACCAUGGUGAAACUGAGGAAUGAGUUCCAGUAUUGGUAUCCAGUGGAUCUGAGGGUAUCCGGCAAGGAUCUUAUCCCCAACCAUCUGACCUACUUUAUCUACAGUCACUGUGCCAUGUGGCCUGAUGAAGAAAAUUUGUGGCCUAAAUGUAUCCGAGCCAAUGGACAUCUCCUUCUCAACUCUGAAAAGAUGUCCAAGUCCACUGGUAACUUCCUGACUCUGGUAGACGCCAUUUCCAAGUACUCAGCUGAUGGAAUGCGACUCUCUCUAGCAGAUGCUGGUGACACCAUUGAGGACGCUAAUUUUGUGGAGAAGAUGGCUGAUGCAGGUCUUCUCCGUUUGUACACCUUCCUGGAAUGGGUGAAGGAGAUGAUUGCGAUUAAAGACCAGCUCCGUAAAGGGCCCGCUGACACCUUCAGCGACAAAGUGUUCAUCAGUGAAAUGAAUAAAGGAAUUCUACAAACUGAGCAGCAUUAUGAGAAGAUGUCUUUCAAGGAAGCCCUGAAAACGUCGUUCUUUGAAUUCCAGGGUUACCGUGACAAGUAUCGGGAGGUUUGUCUGGACGGAAUGCACGAGGACCUGGUGUUCAGGUUUAUAGAGAACCAGUUGCUCAUCCUGUCCCCGAUCUGUCCUCAUCUCUGUGAACACAUCUGGGCUCUGCUCGGCAAGAAAAAUAGUAUCAUGCAAGCGAGUUGGCCUGUGAUUGGCCCUGUGGAUGAAGUAUUGGUGAGGUCCUCGGACUACCUCAUGGAUGCCGCCCAUGAGUUUCGCCUUCGCCUCAAAGCUUUGACCAAUCCAGGCAAGGGAAAGAAAGUGAAGAUGACUGAGCCCCCAACCCAUGGUACUAUCUGGAUUGCCAAAUCCUACCCACCCUGGCAGAAGGUGGUCCUGGAGACCUUGAAACAGCUUCAUGAUAAACAUAAUGGUUUCCCAGACAACAAAGAGAUUGUGGCUGAAUUGAAGGACAAACCUGAAGUGAAGAAAUACAUGAAAAAGCUGAUGCCAUUUGUGCAGGUGGCCAAGGAAAACGUAGCCAAGCAUGGCCAAAGGGCUUUGAACCUUACAACAGACUUUGAUGAAACAGCUGUGAUGAAGGAAAAUCUCCAAUACAUCACACAAACCCUGGAUUUGGAAGGAGUAGAUAUCAAGUUUUCAGAAGAGGCGGACGCCAAGAUUCAGGAAGACUGUACUCCAGGCAAUCCAUUCAUUUCAUACAGUGUGGCGCCAUCUGUCCCAUUGGUGUUCGUCAACCCCCAACCAUACAGUGGUCACUUCCAGAUGUCAAUCCCCAUAAUGGAAGGUGACACUGCCAACAAAAUCGCUAACAGAAUUUUGAAAAGGGACCGGAACAUUAAAGAUGUGAGAAAAGUAAGACUGCUUCGCUAUGAAGAUCCAGAGGGAGGACCUAGGAAGAUGCCAGUUUUUGAUCAGCCGGAGAUCGGCAAAGUGGUGGUCUCCUCAGAAGGGGUGUUCCAUGUAAACCUCAAUGACUCCACGGUAUCUCUACAGGAGAAUGGAUCUAACCUAAAGCUUGGUUCACAAUUGAUGUAUAUAGUGGACUGAGAUGACCUUGACUUUAAAGGUGACUUUAGCACUGAUAAAUGCCAGAACACUCACAGAUUUAAUUUAUUUAAGGAGUUCACUAAAAUUUCACUUGUCUAGCGUAAAUGGUAAUAUCAUGAAUCACCUCAUCACCCCCUCCAACAAGCCCCUCCCUC